AUGGCAGACAGCAUAAAGGGACGGGCUCCUGGUCGCCGGGUGGCUGCUACCCCAGCCAGAUACAGAGAGCAGGGCCAUCUCGGCGCUGCUGCCGGCGAAGGUGGCGACAGCACGGCGCUGGAAAUGGUCGGUUUUCUGGAAAAAUAUAUUGCGAAGAUUAGAACCGAGAUGGCUGAAUGGGGCAAGAGUCCCCUUUGAGGGACAGCUCGCGGUCCCUCUCCGACUCCACAUGUGCAAGACCGAUCGAUUGUGUUUUAGCGCCGGUUGGUGUAAUAUCUUUCGUGUGUGGGCGGGGGAGGGAAGGGGCAGAUCGCUUUCACUUGCCGUACCGUUUUUCUUUUGUCGGGUGUGUGUUUGACGAGUGCGCCACGUGUAGAAUACGCAUGGAGAACGCGUAGCGCACGCUUGAUGUUCGAUGUUUUUUUUAGCCACGUACAGCAGUACCACUUAUCUUUUGUUAUGGCGUUUUUUUUAGAGAUGACUAGGGGGGGGCAACAGGCAGAGAGAACGUGUGGCGCAUGACCAAAUUCAUUUUUUUUAGCCACGUACAGCAGUACCACAUUUUUUUUUGGUCGGUGUGUUUUUCACCAACCAACGUCUGCAUUCGUAGAUGCUUCGGAAACAACGUCUCCUCACGACGCGAACGUAGUCAAAUACAACGUAAAAAACGUUUUGAACGCGAAUCCAUUCUCGAUAUGGUUAUCCCGGGCUGUGGGAGCUGACCGUCUACUACGCCAUGAUGCCGUUCAGGCAAUACUGCCUCUCUAGAGACAACAUCGUGAGGUCAGAAAAAAAAAAACUCUUUUACCAUCUCGCCUUACGCAACUAUGACAUGACCAAAUUCCCCGACACAGGGGGGAGGGUGCUCACCCUUACCCUACACGCCCAACGUUGUAAAAUAAAUGCGUUUGGAAACCUACAAUCUCCUUCGACCUCUCUGCAACAUUCGAAUUUUCUCGCGCAAGAGAUGCACAACGCAGGAAUGACACCCAAACAAACGACGUCAUGAAAAGCGACAACACUUACCGAAACAAAACGAAACAAGACGAAGUCUUACCGGACACCACUCAGGCAUUACCCCGGUUGAUGAUGUUUGUAACGCAUAAAACACGACUUCCGCAAAAUUGUCUCCACGUCCUCGUAGAGGCGCAUAUGGAUUUGGCGCCCGACCCUCUCCCCCCUUAACAAAAAAUUUUCUCACCCGCCCGUGCGCCUUCCCUUCCCUUUCACCCCCCCCACGCCCUACCCCACCAAAGGCGUUGCAUUCCCGACCACCAUUGUCCACAUCCCCCGCCCCGGCCACGGCCCACGCUCCUCAGAGGCCACCACCGCCACAUUUGCCUCGUCUCGUCCAUCACCCACGUAGUACGUCCUCGGGACCCACCCACCCUCCACCGCAGCCCGCCCGCGUUCGACCCCUUACGUCUUCCUCGCUGCGUUGCGCACCAAGUUGUGCUUUGGGCGGUACUGGCGCUUGUUGUCCAGCAUCAUCGUGAUCCCCUUGCGCGUGGAGACUUCGCCUGACCUGGUCGGUUUCUGCGCGUCCUUGGUGGUCUUGGUGGUCGUGCUUAAAGUUCCUGGCAGAGUCUUGUCGCCGAGUAGGUGGGGGCGUACCUGGACCACCUCGGCGUCUUCUUCCGACCGGUGGAUUGGUGUGACUUCUCGUCCCGGAGAAAGUUGUGGAGGCCAAAGAGCGCCGUGAUGAGGUCGGAGCGCCCAGCGAACUGAACACGCAACGGCUUCCACAGGAUGCCCCACUGGCCGACGAGAAUGCCGAACGCUUGCUCGAUCCUGACUCUGAGUUGGCUCAGAUAGAAGUUGAACGCAUCUUUGUCCAGCGGUAGUCCCCUCCCUGGGUACGGAGUNCCAGCGGCAGUCCCCUCCCUGGGUACGGAGUCAACAGGUGGUCGCUUAGGGGGUAAGCCGCGUCUCCGAGCUUGUAGAAGCCUGUCGGCAGGUUUUUUACCGCUGUGGAUAGAUCCAAAUGGUUCCAUGCCGUCCAGUCAUUGGUCGAGCCGGGUGCAAUGCAAGACAUGUUGCAAAACCGGUAGUUGGCAUCGCAUGUCGCCUGUACGUUCAUCCCGUAGCCGCACUUACUUGCUCCCAGAAUAGUACGAGAGAAACAACAACGCAGUAGUAUUUUAAAAGCUUACGAACGCAUGUAGGAUACCAUGAGGAUUGUCAUUGGUUUUAUUUCAAAUUGAAGAGGAGAUAUUUUUACGAUGUAAGUGACAGUAGAAUUAAGUCCUACAUUUGUUGUUGUUCUUCGUAUUGGUUAAGUAUUUAUUUAUUUAUUUUUGCCUUCCGACAAUUGCAGAUGUACCUCAGAAAACUUUCACUUAAUGUCUCAUACUCUACAUGAAUAUUAAACCAAUAAGAAGUACAACAACAUGUAGGACUUAUUUCUACUGUCAUUUACAUCGUACAAGUAUCUCCUCUUCAACUUACCAAUGACAAUCCUGAUGGUAUCCUAUAUGCGUUCGUAAGCUUGCUAAAAUACUACUGCGUUGAUGUCCGCUUGUAAAAGCUGAAAUCCAACAAAUGCUUUGAUCCAUGCUACAUCUCCGUGUUGGAAAAGCCCUUUCAUCUCCGUUCAUGAUAACAUCUUACCCUAUUCUACGCAAAUCUGUCACAUCU